AUGUCUUUCCUAAAAGUGCUAGCGCCCAUAUUGCUCAUUACGUACGGUAAUAUUUCGCGCAGCAGCGCUGCCUGCACAAGCGACUCACAUAUAAAUAAAUUACAAUUCAGCCUCGUACGCAACUGUCAACGGUCAGCUAUGCCAGCUAUAGCUUAUAAAAAUACGCUCACCUUAAAGGAUUGUAUGCAUGAAGCGAAGUUGGCACGCGGAUUAGCUUUGAAUUUUGGCGCUUAUACUCGUCAUAUGCAAAUGAAGAAAGACAUAGUUGAAACAAACACAAAACUGGAACAAAUUACCAAAAAAGUCACACGUCCAAAUACUAAUAACAGCAACGAAAACCGUCAAAGUGUUUGGCAAAAACCGCAGCUGCAUUUCAAUUGUCUCAUACUCGCCUGUCCGGAGAACAUCACCAUGCGUAGUGUAGUGAAUGACAGUCGUUAUGAUUAUUAUAGUUUGUAUGGCGAGCCAAUUGCAACUGAAAACUAUGCCUGCAUACCACAAGUGGGUUUAUUUCAAUUCCAAGCCACAAAGACGAAUUUUCUUAAUGCCACACAGCUGUGUGACAAUGCGACAGCACCCGGUGGCGUGGCCAUGUUAGCACACGUUGCAUCUGCACAGCGCACAGAUGCUUUUGCGGAGCUGUUGCGCGAAACUAAUGAGCAAGCGCGUCAAAUGUAUGGCCAGCAGCAUAGUUUAGCUUAUGUGGGUCUGCAGUUCAAUCGGUCGUAUAGUAGUCAAACUAUUGAAUAUUUGAAUAUGGAAAAAGAGCCGCUGCACUGCUUUCAGUUUGUUGCUUGGGCGCCAGGACAUCCGCGUACCAGUGCAAACUUUGCAAAUAUAAGCUGCAUAGCGAUAACCAUCGAACGCACUUGGUUAACAGUGGAUUGCGAGCGCGAGCUUCCGUCUAUCUGCGAGAUAUACACAUCACGUAGUGUUUUGAAUGAAACUUCAAUAACAGCAGGCACAUGUUCUCCCGGUAGUUAUUCUUAG